AUGCGAUGCGCGAGCAAGGCCGCCGAGAGCGCGUCUGCACGUCUCUGUGCGGACGCCGAAGCAGAAACUACAGCAACUGAUAUCCCAUCGGUUGCUGAAUCGACUCAGCCUGUAUCACCUGGUGAUGCAGGCGCUGGUCAUGAAGACACUCGUGUCUUCACAGAGUACGAGCUCGGUGUCUCGUACUCUCCUGAUACGGAUGACGGAUCCGUAUCGACGGCAAUUGAAUCCAAGCCGCCUGCCAAGCGUGGCAUGGACGAUGCUUUGCGUCGCAGCAUCUUUGGUUCAUCUGAUGAGUCAGAUGAACCAUCGCCGAAGCGAAGGCGCUCGAGGUCGCGAGACUCGGGCGCUAAUAGUGGUGUCGUUUCUCCAAUGGACACCACUUCACAGCGAGGUGCCAGUACUUCUGUCGGCACGUCGCAGGAAGAGCGGGACCGCAAUGUGUUGCGUCUCGCUCCAGAAAAGAAGGCAUGGAUGCCUCCUAAAUCUGUCAUGGAUCACUUGUCGGCGACGACGAGUGAUCGUUAUCGAACACGAUUGUUCGAUUCGUCGAGGAUUCAUCACCUUGACCCCAGCGCGAAAGACUAUCGCGCUGAACAUGAGUUCUUCAUCGGAAGAAGCAGCGUACUGAUGGCGGUGCAAUACACGAAAUGGGCCAAUGUACUUGGGUAG